CCCCUCCGGUGGGCGGGGCCGGAGUCACAUGACCCGCGCGCAGAGCCCCGGGCCGACCAAUUCCAAUAUGGUGGCCAGCUCGGCGGGUCUACGGUUCCUGUUGAUGAUAGUGUCGUUCUGCGGGAUCAGGUUCGGCGCCUGCGGCCGGGAAGCCCCGCCGGUUCUGGGGCUGCGACUGGAGAACCCGGCGGGCCCGGUAACCCUGAGCGACCGGGUCAUCUCGGCGCCCGAGGGAGCCACGUUCCAACUCCGCCUCUUCGGCACCGAGCUCAACGGGAGCUGGCCGUGGGCGGCGUUCGCCGCGGGGGCGAGCGCCGGGGCGGUCGGGGAUGCGCCCGACCCGUGCGCGCAGGAGUCCAACCGCCGCGACUCCUGGUUCCAGGUGACGGGCCCCUUCACCGCGGACGAGUCGUACAGCGGGCUGGCGACGGUGGAGGUGCGGCGGCAGAGCGCCUCCUCCUCCUCCUCCUCCUACCACCACCUGUGCGUGCUGAGCGGCGGGAGGUGGGCGUCCGCCGGCCCGGACAAGCUGCGGGUCAGCGCCGACCCGGGUCUGCCGGAGGACCACAUCCCGACCUGGGGGCUCGCGGCGCUGAUCGUGACGCUGCUUCCGGUGUGCGCGCUGCUGAGGACGGUGCACCUGAGCCUCCUGUGGCUCGACCCCCUGGAGCUCUACGUGCUGCACAGCUGCGGCUCCGAGGAGGAGAAGCGGGCCGCCAAGCGCCUGGAGCCCAUCCGGAGGAGGGGCAACUUCCUGACCUGCUCCCUGCUCUUCCUCUGCGCCCUGGGACACGCCGUCCUCGGCGUCCUCCUCUACCGCGCGCUGGGCACCGUCGUCUCCGCCGUCUUCACCAGCGGCUUCCUGGUCUUCCUGGUGGCCGAGCUGGCCCCCCACGUGCUGUGCUCCGGCUACGGCUUCCAGAUGGCGCCGGGGCUCACCUGGCUGGCCCAGGUGUGCCUGGUGCUCACCUGCCCGCUGUCCUGCCCCCUGGGGCUGAUCCUGGACCUGGCGCUGAGGCGGGACGUCAGCACCUGCGGGAUAAGGGAGCGGGCCAUGGAGAUGAUCCGCACCAGCGUCAACGACCCGUACAGUGAGUUUGUGAAGGAGGAGUUCAGCCGCGGGAUGCUGCGCAGUAAGACGGUGGAGGACAUCCUGACCCCCCUGAAGGACUGCUUCAUGCUGCCCAGCUCCGUCGUCCUGGACUUCUCCACCAUGUCCGACAUCAUGCAGAGCGGCUACACCCGGGUGCCCAUCUACGAGGAGGAGAGGUCCAACAUCGUGGACAUCCUGUACGUGAAGGACUUGGCUCUGGUGGACCCGGACGACUGCACUCCCAUGACCACCAUCACCAAGUUCUACAACCACCCGCUGCACUACGUCUUCAACGACACCAAGCUGGACGCCAUGCUGGAGGAGAUGAAGAAAGGCAACUCUCACAUGGCCAUCGUCCAGAAGGUGAACAACGAGGGGGAGGGGGACCCUUUCUACGAGGUGCUGGGAUUGGUCACCUUGGAGGACGUCAUCGAGGAGAUCAUCAAGUCGGAGAUCCUGGACGAGUCCGACGGCUACCUGGACCGGAAGGUGAAGCGUCCUCUCGCCCCGCUGGAGAUUCCUCUGGAGCCUCGCAGCGUCCACGAGGAGUUUUCUCUCUUCAAGCCCCCGGAGGGAGAACCCAAGAUCAGGACGUCGCCUCAGCUGCUGCUGGCUACACACCGCUUCCUGUCCAGAGAGGUGGCCCACUUCAGCCCUGGACGCAUGUCUGAGAAGGUCCUGUUCCACCUGCUGCGUCACCCCAGCGUCAACCAGGAGGUUCCCUUCGACCCGAGCAACCGGCAGAGCGCGGCUCACUACCUGUACACGCGCAACCACCCGGUGGACUACUUCAUCCUGCUGCUGCAGGGUCGCGUGGAGGUGGAGAUCGGGAAGGAGGGGCUGAAGUUUGAGAACGGAGCGUUCACGUACUACGGCGUGUCCGCGCUGACGCUGCCCUCUUCAGUGCACCAGUCUCCGGUGUCGACCCAGUGUCUCUCUCCCAGGGAUCCCUUUGAGUCUGCGGACGCCACGAGCCCCUCCAGCUAUUGUCCCGACUACACGGUCCGAGCCCUCACCGACCUGCAGCUCAUACGGGUGACUCGUCUCCAGUACCUGAACGCUCUCAUGGCGUCGCGGGUCGCUCACAGUCCAGAUCCUCCAGAGAUUAAGAUCCUGCCCAACAGUCAGACCAAGCUGCUCAACGACAGAAACUCACAGCCAGGUGGCAGCAGCACCCAGGAGAGCUCCACAGAAGAGGAGGCUCAUGGGUAAUGCGGCGCUCGCCUGCUGCCGGAGAUUCUUUAACCAACGAAUCAUUUGUGGCUGAAACGCCGUUGUUGGACAAAACUGGAGCUUUAGGUUCAUUUAUAUUCUCUGUGGUUUUAAUCGCAAUUAUUUUACGCUGUUUUAUACACUUUGGACUUUGUGUGUGUAGAUAAACGUGUGUGUGUGUGUGUGUGUGAUUGGUCUGAACUCGGCCUCUGAAUGAACCCUUUUGUUUGUACAUUUAUUAUUUUACUGCGACAACGCGGUAAAAUAGAUCAACUCUAAAGUUUAAAGGGGACUAAAAGAAGAAGGCGACCAUUGUUUUUAAUUUGGGGACAAAUUGUUUACUUCAUUAAAAGUAUUAAAGUACUCUUCUCAAAGUAAAAUGACUGCUCACAAAACCUUAGUGCGAGUAUUUUAUCCAAGUACUUAAAAGUAUUACUACAUCAGUGAGGUGUUUCAUUCAUGUUCAUCCUGCAUUAAUGUUGCAUGUUGACUCCUUUAUGUCCUUUUAUUUAGUUUCAUCUACAUCAUCUCAUCUUGUUCUAUUAGAGCAUCACUUCAUUCUUCAGUUCAUCACAAAGGAGAAAAGUGAUUUUUCUGGACAGGAAGGAGAUGAAAAACUCAUCUGAGAAGAAACUAAAGCCGUCACACGAAUAUAAUAAAAGUCAAAUAUUUACCUCUGAGAGGUUCAAUUGUAGAUUAACAUAAAUAUGAAGUGCUGCAGUGAAGUACCUUGGUUUUCCACUGGAGGGCAGUAAGAAGAGCUUCAAACAUUGUGGACCUUAAAGCUUCAGCGCGUCGUCAUGGUUACGCUCGAGUUUCUGUGGGUCCAGAGUGGAUUUUAUUUUAUUUAGUUUUUUUCCUUUUUUUGUUGCAAUGAGUUCAUUUGGUUCCAGAAGACUGAAUGUUUAUAAUCUAAUAAUAAGAAGAUAAUCACGACUGCUGAUGGAGAGAAAUGUUUAGUUAAUAUCUGACUGAAUGAGGAUGUACUUUAUUGUGAUCAUUUCUUUCAGGUACAAUAACGAUGUGAUUAAGAGAUUUAAAGUUAAAGUCGUUCCUCUUUUGUUCAGGCUGCAGAACUUCUGUCUUAUUGGAUUUUUUGGGAACUGCUGUUUGUGUUUUAUUUUGGCGGGUGCAUUGAGAGACUCACAUUUAAUACUUUCAAUACUCAAGUUUCUCAGUAAUAAACUCCACCCUGUUAUAAAAUG